UAGUUUUGGUAAGAAUAGUUAUAGCAGUAGUAACAACAGUAGUAGUGGUAGUAUCCUCAUCAGUAGCAGUAGUAGUAGUAGUAGCAGUAGCAGCAGAUACAGCAACAACAGUCAUGGCAGUAGUAGCAUCAACAUGCAUGUGUUUCAUUCUAACGUGGAACAGAAUGGCCUCUUCGCUCUCACGUCGCCACCUCUUGCAUCCACAGUUACACGAAACCCGCCUCGAGACGAACAAGACAGACGAUGCCAAAAAUCACGAGAUCGCAACUCUCAGGAAGGAAAAGGAAGAGCUCGAGAAAGUAAUUAGAGUAGGCCAGGGAGCGAAGGAGGAACUGCAGAAUAAACUUCAAGAGUUGCAGGAGAAAUGCAAGUCCAAUGAAAGAGAAAUACAAGCAGUUCAGCAGGAAAAACAAGAACUCUUGCUGAAACUAAAGAAGAAUGAAGAAUCUAUACAAAAGAUGGAGGACCGGCUACUCCUGGUGUCCAAGCAGAGGGAGACACUGCUCCGGGAGCGGGAGGAGGUAACCCGCCAGCUUGAGGAGGCCAAGAAAGAUAAAGAAGAGGUCGCGAAGGAGAAAGAAAAGGUCAUGAAGGAAAGAGACGAAGUGGCAAAGGAGAGGGAGGAGCUCAUGGGCGAACGUGAGCGGAUGUUGGAGAAGGAAGCAGCGUCGUUGCCCAUAAAGAGUGAUGUUUCUCAGAAUAAAGGAGCCUCAGACGAAGAAAGCAUCUUGAGGAAGCAGAAUGAAGAACUUCAGCAAAAGCUAAAAGUCGUGUCAGAAUUCUUCCAAAACAAACAGACGCGCCUCCGAGAAAAAUACGAAGAAAAGAAAGAGGAAAUCCAAAAAUUAGAAAAGGAACUUGAAGGCCUAAGAAAUGCGGAAAAUUCUUCGAGUGACUCUCAGAAAGAUGCUGCGACGAUCUCACAAAUGCGAGACGAAAUUCAGCAUCUUAAUGAGCAUCUUUCCCGGUGCCAUAAGGAAUUGGAAGAAGCGAAGGCUACCCUUCAAGAGAGGGAAACUACCUACAAGAAUGAAGAGAAAAUUAAGAAUGUUAUGAUUUCGAAGUUGGAAGAAGAGGUUGAGGAACUCUUGUUGAAACUCAAAGAAAACGAGAAGGCGAUGAGCUUUCAGAAGGAACUACGGGAAAAGGUCACCGAACUGAAGGCGAUGGAGAACCAGCUGAAAGAUAACGUGUCCACUAUGUCGACUCUACAACGCAAGAACGUACAGUUGACCAAAAGAAUUAAGACCUUGGAGGAAGAACAACAAGCGAAAGAGAAGGAAUAUCUGCAGAGGGAACAGACACACAAAGAACAGAUAAGAGAUCUUGAACAUGAAAUUAAGAAUCUGGACAAAACUUUGGCCGAGAGCAAAGCGACAAUUGACAAGUACGAGAAGGAAGAAAGAUACAAAGAGAAGGCUCCAUCGCAAGCCAGCCAGCACACCAUCGCCAGCCUACAGGUCAUAGUGCAGGACUUGUCGAAUAAGCUCCGAAUUGCUGAUGAAAACCUUGUGCAAAAACAACAAGAACAAGAACAACAACAGCGACUGAACGAGGAACGGGAACGCAGCGUCAUCAGCCUUCAGUGUUCAGUGAAGGACCUUGCAGCCAAACUUCAGGAUGCAGAGACGAAGUUCAGGAAUUGUAUGCUAGAGAAAAUGGAGACAGUGAAUGAAGUGGACAGAAUAAACAAGACCAAAGCGACAGAAAUAUUAGCUAUGCAGAAUAAAUGCGAAGAACUCACCAAAGAACUUGCUCAAGCGAAAAACAAACUCCAAGAGAAGGAGAAGAAACACAAAUCGCAAGAAGAAGCGAAAGAGAGAGUGAUAGCAAGACUCCGAGAAGAGACGAUGGUGCUGCUGAAGAAAAUGGGAGAGCAGGAAUCAGCCAUAAGACAACAGGUUCCGGUGCACGUCGAGGAGUACAGAGAGGAAAUCGCAGAGGGGAUGUGGCGAGAGAGCGAGAGCGAGGACUACGUAGGCGAACUCCUGACAAGUCCCCGCGGACGCCAGGGGAUCUCCGUCAGCACAAGCACCUGCGUCAGGAGUAGGGGCGUCGUCAGCACCUCUCAGAUAACACGAACGACUCUGAACCCCCGUAGACGCUCCCCUUCCCCCUCCAACCACCACAGGGGAGAGGAGCAGAGACACAGAAGCAGGAGCAUGACGCCACCGAGGACUCCCCCCUGUGAGAGACCAAGCCAGACGAACUUUCACAGGGGAAGGAGCAGCAGCACGAGCAGCAGUUCCUCUUCUCGUCCUAGCAGGAGCAUGUCCAGUCCUCGCUACAAGGUCGACGCCCCAUUUAGACAGCCAAGCAACAGCUACAUCACGGCUGUAGCACAGUGCCUCUACAGUGUGGGGACACUGAGAAGCUUCUUCUGCACUGGCGCCUACAGAUGUGAUCUCAACACCUUUAGUAAACAGAAGGGCGAAGCUGCCAUAGGUUUGGCCGAGUUUUUUACCGCUAUGAGCAGCGAGCACAGCGUGGCCGCCGCAGCAGAGAAACUUAAGGCCGUGACGAAGAGGGGCGAGGUGCAGGGCAGGCAAGCAGGAGCAGAGAGCCCCAGUGAAUUCCUCUCCUGUCUCGUCAGCUGCUUACUGGAGGACCUGACGCCGCAGAGCAACUUCGUCGAGUCGCCCCCGAGGUCUCCAGCGGAAGCCUUCAGCCUCUUCGUUGGCCAAAAAGACACCAGGGUUUACUGCGGCAAGAGGAGCGUCACCCUCAGCGACAACGUGGCGGAAUCCUUCAGAGAUUUGACGUUAACUGUCACUGCUACCCGGGCUUGGCUCCUCGAGGACCUCCUCCAGCAGCACUUCCGGACUCAAAGCAUCGAGUGGCACUGCCGGCACUGUGAAAUCCGCCACUCGUGCAUCUACGAGACGAUGGCUGUCAAGUUGCCGAAAGUCCUGCUGCUAAACUUGAAUCGGGCGCACCAUGGAGGCAUAGACAAGACCCGUGUGGUUUUCCCGCCAGUGCUGCAGUUACGGGGAAAUAGCCCUUAUAUGACGACGGCGAAGGGGGGGACCGAGGUGUGUUACUCCCUCCGAGGCGUCUGCAGCCGGAAGGACCCCACGGACCACCCCACCCACUCCUCCCCACCUUCCUCCUCCUUCGCGGCCGCCUGCAGGAGGUCGAACGGGAGGGGCUGGUUUGUUUACAGCGAGGUUGACGGGAGAGGAAGACCCACGGGCAUUGAAAAGGUUCUCGAGGAAGAGAAGGACGCGGUCGUGCUUGUCUACGAGGAGGUGUCCGGGGAGUGGGGGAGUGGGGAGUGA